ACCUUGGGCCAUGCAGCCAGGGUAUGCCACAGUCACAGGCCCACUGUCUGGACAAGCAGCUAAAAAGACUUUCCAAGAGGUGGAAGACCAGUGUGGCAACUGCUUCGUGCACAAGAAGGACCUCAGGAUGCUAUUGCCGUGUUCCCACAUGCCAAUCUGUAUUGAUUGCCUGAAGACUGCAUCCAGGACACAGCAGCAUCUGCGAUGCUACAAUUGCAGGCAGCCUGUCACUGAAACAAUUAGUGCUCUGCUGCUGCGAAGGCUUUAUACCAGCCCUGCAUCGCUGCUUUGUUUGCUCUAUACCAGGGUUGUCUGGGAGUGUGGAGUUGCCAGCCUGCUUUAUAUGGGCAUGAUGGAGGGCCUUCUCGGUCCGUCUUCUGGUGUCCCCGUUCAUGGCAAUGGACCCCAUUACUGGAACAACCCACCUUCUGCUCAGUUUGGUGUCGGCCUUGGCUCACCCUCAACCUCUACGACUGCAGCUGAUCGUUCUGUGAAAAGGCCAUCAUCAGCACGUUCAAUGGGAGGUAAAGGCAAAAGGCCAGGAGAUGAAGGUGAACCCGCUAGUGGCCCCUUUGACUACAGCUGAGCUUCCAGGAAAGAACUGAUCCAGACUAUGAUAUCCCUCCCAAUGAUGUGCUGUGCUGUGAUAAUUGUGGUUUACAUAUUAUAUAACAGCUUCCUGCCUGGUUAUAAGGCUCUGCUGCUGUGAAGGCUUUAUACCAGCCCUGCAUCGCUGCUUUGUUUGCUUUAUACCAGGAUUGUCUGGGAGUGUGGAGUUGCCAGCCUGCUUUAUAUGGGCUUUGUAUGGGCCUUGGAAAAGUGUUCGGCUUGUAGUAUUACACCAACAAAGUAUGUUAGAUGUAUUCGUGCUACAGCUUUUGGUGAUGCACAUUAAGUUGCGGUAGACUCUUCCACACCCUGUAUUGCUGCUUUGUUUGCUCUAUACUGGGCUUGUCUAGGAGUGUGGAGUUGCCAGCCUGCUUUAUCUGGGCUUGACUUGAGGGUUUUUGACUGCGCUUGCGAGUAGUUGAGUCCAAAGUUUACCCUCAUCUUUGAAAUCCCUGCUUCAUUAAGAUGCCUGAUCAAGGAUCUCAAACGCUCUAGUUGUAUGCUCACUCUGCCCCAGCUGUGAGGAACCCUUCCAACGAAACGCAACAGCUUCUUGCCUGGUU